GAUCUAGUAAAAAGUGGUGCAAACUGUUCUUAAAAAUUGCUGAGAAGAUUUCUAUGGCGAUGAGAAAAAUGAAACAAUUGAUUUUUAGUAGCUUUUCAUAGUGUACGUUGGUAGAACUGGUAGCUUCCCCAUUUGGCAUUUCAGGUGCAGUGUCGUGUGCUUACACUCAACUGCUAAUUGAUAAGAAACAAAAGUAGGCCUUCCCUUGUUAAUUGUAUCAAUGUGUGGAAAUGGUGUGCAAGGAAGACGUUGUUUCAUGGUUUAAGAGUUUAAAAAGUCAUACACGCAUAGAUGUCAUGUGUAACCUGUUUAAUCUGUGCUUACCCUUCGAACUACGGUUUCUGGGCACAUGCCUGGAAGACCUCGGAAAACGAGAUUUUCAUGAUCUCAGAACUACUGAAACUGGGGCUAAUAACCCUUCUGAGUUAAGUUCUCCGGACUUGCAGUGCAUCAGUGAUAAACGUGCUCGAACCAAAUUGGCUUUAUAUAUAUCUUUGCUUCAUUCUUGUAAUUAUGCAUGCUCUAAUGGUUAUUAUAAAAUUUUAGCCAAUGUUGAAGAAGUGAAUAAUCUGAUUAAGUGUAAUGGUGUGUCUAGUGCUGAUGAUGAAGUUUUAGAAGAGCUUUUAUUAAUUUACACCCUAGCAUUAAAUCACCCUGCAUUUACUUUUGAACAAAAAAUUUUUCUUGGUGACGUUUUUACUAAACUUCAACAAGAGGAAGAAAGAAGGCACAGUGUGAAAAGGACUAGAUCCAUUCAAGGAUCAACAGGAAUGGAAGCAAUAGAUAAACUUCCAAUUCAGGCUUACCCUCCUUGUGUGUCUCCGGAACAGCUGCCAGUGCAUCCAGCGUCCACCCCUGGCCACUUGACCACAGCGGCCCUUACAGGGGAUCCGCUGGUGAGUAUGCCUGACUCAUUAGUAAAUUACCUGCCCUACUCAUUGAUGGCGGGCUAUCAUCCUGCCAUGGUCCUUCCUCCGCCCCCACCCGACAGUCGGACCAGCUCGCCUUGUCAGUCUAACUCUCCAAGCCGUGCAGGAUCCCCGGGACGACCCAAGCAGUUGCCUGCCUUCACCCGUCCGCCACCAACCAUAGACCCGACGCCCAAGUACAGCAGUGUCGACCAGCAGUUGAGGCGGAUGACCGAUGAGGAACUGCGGGAGCAGGGCUUCAACAACCAAUCUAUCACGCAACUGCGCACACUGGAAACCAAACUUCAGGCCACCAACGGCUACAAUCUGCCGGGCAAGAAGCUACCUGCACCUGCCGAGCCUGACCUUCACGCUGACCUUGCUCUCACUCAGGGAGGGCCACUGCGUCGCUACAACAGCGUGGAUGGGCCACUUAACCCCCCACCGUUUUACUACCACCCCUGCUUGACCUCGCCAUCCUGCCUCUGUGUGGUGAACUACCAUCCUCAUAACAAACUACCACAAUUGGUUCAAAGGAUGAGGAACGUAGGACUAGACCACUCCAGCACCAGUGAUAGUGCCAGUGACCACUCCCCGCCAGACACCCCCAGCCUCUCUGCUACCAAUGACAGAGGGCCCCCGCCUGGGCCAGUGGAGGGAUGGGAGGAGUCAGUGGACGAGAGGCGAGCAACGGGAGUGGGGCGAGCCCGGGGUGGAGGGCGGUCUAGCCGCUCCAACCCGCCUGGCAUACAAACCUUGCCCAGAGGUCGAGGACACAACCCUCCUCAUAGGCGGAGGGAUGCGAAUGUAGCCAAUGGUACACCCGACGACCGCAAGGUGUUCUCGGCCGGAGAGAGUGGAGGAGGAGGAGGGGUGGCCUUCCCCUACUCCACAACACCCUUCCUGCCACCCAAUCAAUUCAUCCCAUACCCUACUUUCACCUCGCAGGGUGUGUUCAGGUUGCCCUUCCACCACCCCAACGGUGAAAUGCUUUACCAUCACUUGCCCCCACCUGCUGGACAGCCCUUCCUGCCUACCAGGCCCGCUCCGCCCCCUCACCUACCUUUCUCACCCCUUGUGCCACCGCCCAAGAUAUCAUGCUACAAUUGUGGAAGUCAAAGCCACAUUGGCACAGAUUGCCCUGAAGCUACCAUUGAAGAAAUCACCAACAAGGGCCAGUACAGGAUAGACUAUAGCAACAGCGUGACCUACGGCAAACCGGGGGAGUGCUCGACGACGCAGGACAAGUGACCCCGCGCGCGCGCCCGCUCGCUCAUGUCAUCUAACCCGACUCAACCCGACCUGGUGCAGUUUCCGCACAAUUAUCCACUCCUGCGUGACGUCUUCCAGCUCCCGCCCCGCCCAGCCUUCUACACUAUUUAUUUCUCUAACUGUAAUUUUACGUUUUUAUAGUGUUAUAGUAUUAACCGCGCACUUUUUAUAAGUUUUUAAUAAGAGCAUUAUUUAUUGAAAAUUUGUGUAGUCGUUUUAGCUUUACCGCCUCGUGUAGGCGUAGCCAGCCACAUAACUUUAAUGAUGUAACUUAAAUAAUUUAUUUUUGUUCGUUUUUAAGAGUUGGAGUGUAUUAUUUUAAUCCAACUUUUUGGUCUAUUUAUUAUUUGAUUUUGUUUUGUACCUGUAAAAUCAGCUUUAUACCUGCAGAGUUAUCUGUAUACAAUUGCAUUAUUGAUGAUUUAAAAUUUUGAUGAUUAUACAAAAUAUUUUAUUGUUAGAAAUAUUGAUUUUACUAUUUAUACCGGUAAAUAUUUCUUGUUAUAUACUAACGGCUUUUACAAAAGUUAACUAUAAAACUCACACGAGUGGAGCUCUCUUUCUCUCUCUCUCAGUAAAGUGACCUUAUGGCAGAACAGAACAGUGACAGCAUCCGGUACUUAAUAUACUACAGUAGCUUGCUUCACAUUGUCUCUCCUACCAUGUGAAUAGAUCCACUGAGUCUAGUGUUGUACAACAAUUAGUGACUUGUCUGUGUUCAUUGCUGUAAAUAUUCAAUUAAUGUUACAUUUA